ACAUGCGCACUUCUAUCUCCUACUUACAUUUGACAUGAAGAGUCGACUUUGCCAGCAUUUCGCCACAGAAUGCGCUCUAAAGCGACUUUCUAAAUAACACACGUGUCCGUUUUAAAGGAACUUUAACCGUCGAAACCCAAUACUUCAUUUUCUGCCUUUCAACAAGGUUCUCACAGGGAAUCUGAUAUUUAUCCCUCAAGUUCCCAGGGAUCCCUCAGCUUGCCCUGAUGAAAGCUGAGCAAGACGCAGACCUCAUUGAAGAGGACUCCCCUCAGGACAAUGCCUCAAUCAACAAGUACAGCUCCAUCUUACCUCCUGCCUCACCUGAGGAGGAGGACGAAGCCUUCUCCACCACAUACUUUGAAGAGAAGGUGCCCAUUCCUGGGAACAUCGACCAGGUGUUCAGUUUCCGUAAGCUCUGGGCCUUCACUGGACCAGGGUUUUUGAUGAGCAUUGCUUACUUGGAUCCAGGUAACAUCGAGUCUGACCUGCAGUCUGGAGCUAAAGCUGGUUUUAAGCUCCUAUGGGUGCUCCUUGGAGCCACCAUUAUUGGGCUGCUGUUGCAGAGGUUAGCUGCACGCCUGGGGGUCGUCACCGGGAUGCACCUGGCUGAAGUCUGCAACCGCCAAUACCCCACAGUUCCUCGGAUCAUACUUUGGUUAAUGGUGGAACUGGCAAUUAUUGGCUCAGACAUGCAGGAGGUCAUUGGCUGUGCCAUCGCUUUCAACCUCUUGUCAGUGGGAAGGAUUCCCUUGUGGGCUGGAGUCCUUAUCACCAUCACAGACACAUUUGUGUUCCUCUUUCUCGACAAAUAUGGUCUGAGGAAACUUGAAGCUUUCUUUGGCAUACUCAUCACCACAAUGGCUCUUAGCUUCGGUUAUGAGUAUGUUCUGGUAAAGCCAGACCAAGCGGAAGUGCUGAAGGGGAUGUUUGUACCGUACUGCUCUGGCUGUGGGCAUGUUCAGCUGACACAGGCUGUUGGAAUAGUGGGUGCCGUCAUCAUGCCACACAACAUCUACUUGCACUCUGCACUAGUCAAGUCUCGGGAUAUUGAUCGCAAAAAUAAGAGGGAAGUAAAGGAAGCGAACAAGUACUACUUCAUCGAGUCUACUAUCGCUCUUUUUAUCUCCUUCCUCAUAAACGUCUUCGUUGUUGCAGUCUUUGCUGAGGCCUUCUACAAUAAGACCAACAUGGAAGUGAAUCAAGAGUGUAAUGCAACCGGCUUCCCUCACACAGAUCUUUUCCCUUUAAACAACGAUACACUGGAGGUGGACAUCUACAAAGGGGGAGUUGUCCUUGGAUGUUUCUUUGGCCCUGCGGCCCUCUAUAUCUGGGCAAUUGGGAUCUUGGCAGCAGGACAAAGUUCCACAAUGACAGGCACUUACUCUGGGCAGUUUGUUAUGGAGGGUUUCCUGAAUCUUAAGUGGUCCCGGUUUGCUCGGGUGCUGCUGACCCGCUCCAUCGCCAUCACGCCCACUCUGCUGGUGGCCAUUUUCCAGGAUGUUCAGCAUCUAACAGGGAUGAACGACUUCCUCAACGUGCUUCAAAGCAUGCAGCUUCCAUUUGCAUUGAUCCCAAUCCUGACAUUCACCAGUCUGACCUCCAUAAUGAACGACUUUGCAAACGGAUUGGUGUGGAAGAUUUCUGGAGGCGUUGUUGUCUUGGUGGUUUGUGCAAUCAACAUGUACUUCGUGGUGGUUUACGUCACAACACUGGGGAGCACGCUGCUCUACGUUGUCGCUGCCCUGCUCUCCGUGGCCUACCUGUGUUUUGUCGCCUACCUGGCUUGGUACUGCUUGGUUGCCUUGGGAGUUUCCUGUCUGGACUUUGGCAGCAGGUUGGGACUGUCGCGGCACACGGAUAUUUACUUACUCAACGACAUGGAUGCUGACAUGAUGGUUGAGAGAUAAAAGCUCGUAUGAGCUGCCUGCAGCGUGGGACCAUCAAAGUUUGGCCAGUAUGUGUUUGUCUUCACCUCUCUGUGCCUUAAAUACAUUUAAAGUGCACUUACAGCGCACACAGAUGUCUGUUAUGCUGGAUGAAUGAAUGAUGGCAUUUUUUUUCUAUCACGAAUGCCUCUGCAACUGCAGCUAAAUAAUAUUUAUUUAAACAAUGGUUAAAUAUGUGGGAAAUGUCUCACAGUUCAGAUCCUGUAACUGUGACAGAGUUAUCUUAAGCAUGGAUGAACCAAUAACACCUUGAGGUCCAAUGCAUCAUGUUUUUGUCUAAAAGGCAGCAUGACUUGUGAAAGUAGGUGCUAACCAGACUCUUUAUUUUGUAAAAUAACAAAAGUUUCCAAACUCUUGAAUUCAGAGACACAGCCGGCUGUUUUUUCACCCAGCAGGAUCUGUAUUAUGGUCCCUUGGGUUCAAGGUAGGCUGGUGUUUUAUGUGAGUGCGCUUACAUACUGAGUGUCUUCCUGGUGUAGCUCAUGACAAAUUGAUCAGAUCUUGUCACAUCAGCUGAUCAGCACAACAUGAGAAUAUUUAAGUAGCCUGAUGUCACUGCUGUGUGAUUUAUAAAUUAAACUUAAAAUAUCAAAACUGUGGAACGUUUGGUGGGACCAAACACUAAUUAUUCUGUUCAUUUUGAAGGUGAAAUUCAUCUACCGGUUUAUGUCAGACUAUACAGGUGUAAUAGUCAACAUUUUGAACAACAGUAUACCUACCAUGCACUUAUGCAUGAUAAGACACACUUUUCUAUGUGUAAAAUUACAGUUUAAUGUGCAGUUUUAUAUGCACAUUUGCAGUCUGAUUUACAGUCUUGAAGUUUCUGUUUCUGGAGACGAGGUGUGCCAAUGUAUUUACAAAUCUUUUGUAGAGAUGUACUGAAAGGUUUUGCUACUUAAAAGUAAGUGAGUUAAAAACUGCUUUAGUGAUCCUAGUUUAAAGUAUCCAAAAGACACAGAGGCAGCAGAGACAAACAGAAGGCUAAAAGAAAAAUUUACUUCUCUCAACACAUGAUUACAUCAGCAUUGAUUUGGGGUCAUUCAUCUGCAGUUGUAGCAAAAAGAGAUACUCCUAUCAGCUUAGUGUUUCUGAGUGUGUCUCUUAUCUGUUGCCUCACAUGAGAGUAUAAUCAUUAGGUUUCAACUAUUUACUUAUUUAUUUUUUUAAGUACUUUUCAUUAAGCUUAGUUAAUUUUGCUUUAGAUUGUUUUCUUUUAUGUUCUAUUGUUUUAUUUGACUGUUUAUUUAUGUGUAGUUUAUUUUUGUUUGUAUGCAGUUUUAGAGAAUAUAAUGUUUUUCUUAUUUAAUUAAGCUUCAGCUUUCAUAGCAGUAGAACAUUAACUUAAGUAUGCCAAAUUUGUGGUAUGUGUGAUAUAUUCAAAGUGCACACUGUUAUAGAAAAAAAGGAGGAUGUCAUUUCAAAAAUUAUUGUAGUGAGUAUUUUUUUAUUAUUAAAAAUAAGCACUUCAAUAACAGUGUGGAGAACAAAAAAAAAAGAAUACAGUAGACAGAUUGUGAUAUGUGAUUAAAAAUAUUUAUAUAUAAAGCGACACUAAAAACCCUUGAAAGUUAUGAUUGGGCUUCUAUUGGCUGAUAGAUCAAACAGACUUUUCUUUGACCAAAUAUUUAACUGCACUUUUACAUUUUCAAACCAGACCACCAAAGUGCCUCCUGUACUCUCUACUGUGCCUUGUUAUUAUUCAGAUGGAAACAAUAACUAUCUUCUACAAUAAUAUCUCAUUGUUGUAGGUGGAACAACUCCACGAGUACAUUAAGUGGAAUAGGUACAAUUAGGCUGAGAGCAGCCUUCUUAAAAGACUAAUUAUUUCAAAUGUUCUUUUUGCCAUUGUGUUCUCUAUUUGCCAUCACACUUUCUGAAAGCUUUUCUGCAGAACAUUUAUAUAUAUUUAUUUGCAUAAAUUAUUAUCUUCACAUGUGAUUACCAACAUUCUUUAUACAAAUAACACUUUUAAUUUAAAGAUCCUGAUUACAAUAAGAAACAGUCCAAAUUGUUAUUGAAAGCAUAAAAGUUGACAUCAUCAGCUUGUUGACAAAAUAUGUUUCCAUUUUAAAGGGCUGCUAAAGGGAUUACAUCAGUUAACAUACGGUUAUUAUAACUGAACCUUCCCUAGUGCAAAAUCAUUCUGUUUAAGACUGUAAGAUAGGAUCUCCCUCCAUAUGAACCUCAGGCUGUGAUAUAAACUGAAAUCAGUAAAGAAUUUACCCCUAAUUCCAUUUUUUGAUUGAUUACUUUACUUUUAACUUUGAAUAUGAGAAAGUGUCUGAAUUUGGGAACACUUGCUGAUAUGAUUAUUCCCAUGACCAGCCAGGAACGUGGUACCUUACUGUAUUGUAAGUUUGAUUAAAUGUUAUUAUUGUACCAUAUGAUUCAGUGUUAUGACUUGACUAACAUAGUAGUGUUGUGACCAGACAUGUUUAAAUUAAAUGCCAUCUCUGUUACAUUUUAAACUUUUUU